AGAGCUGAGCCGAGCCCAGAUCCCAGCACCAGCCUCCACCGCCAGCCCGGACCAUGAGCCGCCCCGAGAGCUUCGCCCCCGGCAGCCCCCUGCUGCUGCUGCUGUUAGCGGCCUGCGCCGCGCUGUGCCGGGGUGCCCCCAUGGCCGGCGAGCUGCGGUGCCACUGCCUGCAGACCGAGGCCGCGCUGAUCUACCCCAAGCGCGUCGCCCACGUGGAGCUGAUCCCCGAGGGGCCCCACUGCGGGGUGCCAGAAGUCAUAGCCACCACGAAGCACGGCAAGAAAGUCUGUCUGGAUCCCAACGUGCCCUGGGUCCAGCUGAUCGUCACCAGGAUCCUGAACAGUAAAUCUAACAAGCUGUGAGGGGAGCAGAGGAAAUGACCAAGGCACCACAACAGAAACUACCUGUGUGUGAGAGAGAAUGGGAACCUGAGGCUGGACAGCUCGCCAUGCUGAACUCUCUUCUUUUGAGGGUCUGAGAGACCAGCCUGCUCCAUUCAACUUCAACCUGUUCCACUGAGUUAUUGCAACCU